AUGCUCCAAAACAAGAUCUCUAGCCGUGACCUACAGCACCAGAGACAAGUUGUGGACCAGCUAAGGAGAGAAGUCGUUUUGGACAGACGCAAGAUAUCCCAGUGUGCCAAUGAGCUUGUGCAGUACUGUGAACAACAGGAAGCUAUGGAUCCGAGCUUUGUGACGUCACAAUAUGAGCUUGCGCGCGAUGGAUGUCUACCGCUGAUGGGAAACACUGUCCGUGCGUUCAUCAAUGAAUUUACAUCUKUAAGCAAAGACUCCAGCACAAUUCCAACACCUCCUCCWCCACCAAAGACAUCAAAAAGCAGCGGUCAAUAUCAAAGGCGAAGAGCGGAAAGACGUAAAAGYCGUAUUGAGGAGAUUCACUAUGCACGAUGCGUURCCGAGGGCAARGUCACUGAAAAUCGCCGCCAUCGAUCGAGACGCAGAAGGMGMAGAAGGAGAAGAAGAAAGAAGAAGWAWGAUAACAAGAAUAUCGAGACAAGACACUCAGAGAAUAACAGUUCACGUUAUGGAAGUAUUUUAGAUGUUACAAAGAUGUUUAAAAAGCCAAACAAGCAGCCUGGUACUUCCAACCCUCACCGAAAGCACUGUCAACAGCAGUACUGUGAUGAGGACUAUUAACCUUGCAAGUCCUCCAUCCUAUCAUGUUAAAUAUGGCAUCAAACUGCUGUCUGUGUCUAGUGGGCUGGACGAUCUUACUCGGGAUCAAGA